UGCUAUAAAAUGUAAAUUUAUACAAUAUCUACACAAGUUGUUAACCCCCCCUCCCAACUUCUGUUUCUCACCACACAUUUUUCGUGUAUAUUUUCUGAUUAUUAUUAAUAUUGUUAUAGAUUCUGAUUAGUUAUCUCAAUGUUAUAAGAAAUUGUAUACGUACCUAUACAUUAUAUUAUACGGUAUUGUUGUUUUGUUACGUUUGGCUCGGGUUGACUCUAUUAUUCAGUUCUUUACUAACAGAUAUUAAUUUUCUCUAAAAACAAUAGUAAAAAAGUAGACAAAUACAAUGCACCAAUAUCAUUACGUCGGCUACUAUGAUGAAAACAAUCGAAGAAACUAAGACGCGCCGAAAAAAAUAUAGUACCUUUAUUACGGUUUUAAUUACAUUUCUAUAAAAAAAAAAACUAAACACAUUUACCCAUAUUCUUUAUAUUGGUGUAAAAUAAAUAAAUCUUAACUGUGAAAAAGUUAUACUAAUUAUUAAUAGCGGUAUUUAUAGGUUCCUAUACCUGUAGUCUGUUCCUACCCAUAGUUGGUGUUCACAUAAAAUGUUUAAUUUUUUAACCAAUAUUAUACUACAUAUAUUAUUUGUUUUUAAAAUUAAUUUUAUCAUCUUAGUUGUUUGGUAUACAUACCUAACUUAACUAAUAUCGCAUUUUGAUGAAUAUAAAUAUACACAUUCAAUCUUACCUAUUAAAAACGAAAAAUGUAAAAAUAAUGAUAUAUUUACUAGGUAGUCUUAGAAAAAUAAUUAGUUAAAGUGUGUGGUUUUUAACGGAUUUUUAUGAGUGACGUGGGUGUGGGAUGUCUUAUUAAAAGUGUGCACUUGAUUUGAUUUCAUACAUUUCACACCGCAGUUUUGUAAUCUCAUAAAAUGUUAUCGAAAUUUAAAAAAAAAGUUUUAAAACCUCACGUCUAUAAAAAAAAACAGAUAACCAAAAUUAUUGUUAUUUGCAAAUAUGCAAUAUAGGUUUAUCAAUAUUUUUGAUUACUUUUUUUAAAUUAAAUUAAUAAUAUGAGAUACAAACAGUUAAGACAUAAUAUUUAUAAUAAAGUUAAUAUUUUUUUAGUACACUUGUAAUAAUUGACAAUUUUAGAAGUUCUAUAGUAAAUUAUCAUUUAAAACGUAUAAACUAAGGUAAUUAUUUAAAUCUACACGAAAUAAACUAUUUAACUAUCCCUUUCCUAACAAAAUCGCAUACCUAAAGUUAUUUGUGUAAAUUAACUUUUCUAAGUAAAUAUACGUUCAAUCAGGGCUAACUACAUGAUAAUGCGAAAUAAUAAAAAAAAAAAUAUGUAUUCAUGUGAGGUAGGUACCUACUUUGAUAACAGAUAGCUGUAAAAAAAAAUUAUUAUCAAACUUUGUUAAUAUUAUUUAAUGACUUAUAGUGUUUAGAAUAAAAAUUUUAAAAAUCGAAAUUUACGGGAACAAAUUAUAUAUAGGUAACUCAUAGUUUAAAAUAAAUAAAUAAUAUUAGGUACAUUUUUAAUUGGAAUAGGUCAUUAUUGGUACAAAACGAUAAUUUAAUAAUUUGUAUGUUGUAGGUACCUACAUAAUUUAUACAAAAUGAUUAAUUACAGACAUUUUAGUAAAAAAUUCUCGCCCUAAAUCAUUCCGAUUGUUCUUAAAACGCAAUUUGCGUUAUAGCUAUAUUAUAUAUAUUCGAAUAAUUUUAAAUUAAACUCUUUUAUCUGGUCGUAUUUAUUGUAUUAAAGUUAGUUAUAUUAUUUAUUAUUAGUUUAAUCAUUAAAAUGUAUCUUACUAUAUGAAGUUUUGAAUAUAAUAUAACUUAGGUAUGUAGAUUUAUAUUAAACAGAUAAUUUUUAAAUAGUACUUAAAUAUUUUCAAAUGAAAAAUUAUAGGUAUAAACUGUAUAAACUGUAAUUGUUUGUUUCAAGCUCAUACGUCCUUGCCUGUCUGUUAAAAAAAAACUGUUUCAAGCAGCAAAAAAAAAAAUAAUUUCAUUUGUACUUUAUGUAUUUAGAGUGCAUGUUUUAAAUUGCUAUGCAUACUUACGCGUAUAUGGUCCGAUUUUUGUGUGCGAUUCUGCUGUUGUAGAAGUUCGGUUUUAACAUUCGUUGUUUAUAUCGUCGAUAAUGUCAUUAUCAUGUUGGAAAACUGUUCAUCUCAUCAAAAUUGCAACUGUGGUAAACGAAGUGCAUCUGUCAUUGGAAAGUUGGCCAAAGUAUUUGGACGCAGAAAAACCUAUCAAGUUCAAAAAGCUCAACAACUCAAUAAAGUAUCAUCGACCGAACCCGGCGAGAGCUCAAAUUCAUGGGUGACCGUCCACAGUUUACAGUCUCAGAGUGAUGGUGGUAUCUUGGAUCCAGAUGAUCGUCUCAGGGAUGUGGCGGAUGAUAGAGAACAAAUUGUAGCACUCUACGAUGACGGUGAUAGCAAUAGUCCUCACCAACAUGGAGGUGGAGAUGGAGCUAGCGUUACCUCUAGUCCGGAUAUGUUCCACAGCCGAGAUGGUUUACAAACUGACAUUGAAGUCACUAAUGAACAAAUUGCUUGUGGUUUCCCAGCUUUACAUGUCCGUAGAGGUAGUGAACCAGCUCUUAAUCAAUUACCACUUGAAUGUCCAAACAAUUUGGGCAAAAGAAAUAGCAAUACUAGACCUGCUGCAUCAGGUCAAUCUAAACGAUGGUCAGCAGCUCCUAUGAUUCACGACCCAAAAGAAAAACUAAGAACCGAUGAUUACACGAAAAUUAAUGGGUUUGGUUUAUCUGACAAAUGGAGAUGUUCUGAAGAAGAUGAAGAUGAUUUAGAAUUAGGUGACAAAGAUAAACCACCAAUUAGCAAUCAUUUUCUUGCACCAUCAUUUCAUCGUGAUUCUUCGAAUCGUUUAUCCAUGCAAUUCUUAGGAGAGUCAUCAAGUGGGUUUCGGUGGGCAGAGGCUGCUGAUUUGGCAAAUAAUCGAGCCUUAUCAUUAUCAUUACCAAGAGAUCACAGAAGGAAAGAACCGUUGGGACAAGCAAAUACAAAUCCUAGUCACUUACCAGAAUCACAAAACACUGAAUUUAUAGUGUUAAGCACUGGUGGUGGCUCAUUAGGCAUUCAUGUUGUCCCAGAUUACAAUGCUCUGGGCAAAGAACGGGGUCUUCUUGUUCAAGGUAUUGAACCUGGUGGUCGAGUGCACUGUGAUGGCAGAUUGAAAGUAUAUGAUCGAAUUGUAGAAAUCAACGGCCGGUCGUUAUUGGAUCAACCAUUUAAUGCUAUACAAGAAAUAUUUCGAGAUUCACUACACUCUUCAGAGCUCAGACUUAGAGUGGUAAAACAUAAGAAUAAUAUGGACAUUCAAACUAGUCAAAAUACGGUGGCUGGUAAUAAAAAACAGCCACCGCCACCAGUGUUUCCUAAACCAUCCUCAAACACCACUGCAACUUAUAGUAAUAAAGAAAAUGUUUCUUCAGGAUCAUCUGAUAAAGAUAAAAUCAACUCAAAUACUAAAAUAGCCACCAUUUCACCAACUAAAAAAAUAUCAGCUGCAACACAUACUGCCUCCAAUAUCUUGAUGGUGGCUAACACAAGAAAAAUUGGAAAGAAAAUGGAAUUAGAACUUACUAAAGGACUUCAUGGACUUGGAUUCAGUAUAACAACAAGAGAUAAUCCAGCUGGAGGAAAUUGUCCAAUUUACAUAAAAAAUGUGUUACCAAAAGGAGCUGCUGUUGAAGAUGGACGAUUACGACCAGGUGAUAGAUUAUUAGCAGUUAAUGGUACAGAACUGACUGGAAAGACUCAAUCUGAAGCAGUUGCUGUAUUGCGAAAAGUUCCAUCUGGUGCAAAGGUUAAAAUUAUUGUUUCUAGACAAGAAGAUGUAGUAAUUAGCCAAGUAGGCCAGAAAUCUAAUCAAGAUCUAGAUGAAAAUUAUGAACAAGAAGUAGGGAUUUCAUCAGACAAUCAAUUAAUAGAAACAAGUGAAAAAUCCAACAGUAAUACAGUUCAGGAAUACGUUAAAAGCUUAGAAGAAACACAAACAUUUCCUUGGAGACAUAAAGAAAUACUGACCUUUGACAUUCCUGUGCAUGAUUCAGAAAAAGCUGGUUUAGGUAUUAGUGUUAAAGGUAAAACAUCAUCUAGUAAUAACUCUAAUGAUAAAGACUUCUCACAAGACUUAGGUAUAUUUAUCAAAAAUGUUAUUCACGGCGGUGCUGCUUCUAGGGAUGGUAGAUUACGUACUAAUGACCAGCUAUUAUACAUAAAUGGUAUGUCAUUGAUUGGCCAAACUAAUGCAGCAGCUAUGGAAACAUUACGUAGAACUAUGAUAAAUGUGGAUCCUGGGCCAGUACCUGGAGCUAUUUCAUUGAUAGUAGCCCGCCGACGUAAUUGUUCUCCAACAUCAGAUAGAAGGCGUAGUCGUGACUCUUCGUCAAGUCUACUUACAGAUUCAUCGGCAAACACUGAAACAUUUAGCCGAGCUGAAAGCAGUGAUAGUAGUACCCAAAAUACGGCAGAAAAUUCUGGAACAAGUGAAAACUCUGAUACCACUGUUAUCUUUAUGCAUCAAAGACAAGGAUCAGAGAGUUCAAAACGGAAUACAUUACCUACAGCUACUUCUCCAGAUGGAAUUGCAAUUCGCAAUCCAGUUUUGGAAAGGUUAACUGGACACUCAAAUCGUUAUAAUGCAUUGCGCAAUGAAAGUUAUUAUAAGGCUACACAUCAAACAACAAUUAUGUUGAAAGAAGAAGAAAAGUUAAAUAGCCCUACUGUAAACCCAUCAUCAGAAGAGAUGUUAAUUAUUGAAGAAGACCCCCCAAUUUAUAAUACUGUUAGCCGGAAAAAAAUAGAGGAAGAAAAACCAUCACCAAUCGUAUCGCCACAAGCAAGAACUGGUUCAACUAGCACUGAUGUUACUUAUGCAAGCCAAUUAUCAUUGGAUAAUGCCAACUCAGGAUUUUCACGAGACGCAUUCGGACGGCAAAGUAUGUCUGAAAAACGACAUGCAACGUUAGACGCCAAAAAUACUGAUACAUAUCAAAGAAAUAAAAAACUGCGUGAAGAGCGUGGAGAUGAUACCAAAAUUCGCAAUGGUUUUCCAUCAAAACAGCAACUUGGACCUUCUCUUGGGUUGAAAAAAUCUUCCAGCCUGGAAUCAUUACAAACAAUGGUUCAAGAGGUGCAAAUGACAGAUGGUGGAUCAAAACGGGGAAAUGUUAAAGUAGUGCGUGGUAGAGGAUGUGAUGAAAGUUUUAGAGCUGCAAUUGACAAGGAUGGUCCAUUGUCUUUACAUGAACUAAGAUUGGAAACAUAUGGAAAGGAGAGUGAUGAUCAUCCAAUUGGCCGUAGACAGUCUUCACUUCAUUCUCCAACAAAUUACAAAGUACCAAACACACCACCAGUCGUUGUUAACAAGAAAAAACCAGGGCUACUUAAAGGGAUUGGUUCCAUGUUUAGAUUUGGUAGUAAACCUCGACGAGGACCAGAUUUAAAUGGUACUUUAAGCUCAGAAGAAGAUAACUCUGCUGACCGUGAACGAGAAAUAGCCAGAAGAAAUGCUCGUGAUGAACAACUUAGAAUACAAGAACAAUACCAAAGACUAAUUCAGCGACAAGCAGAAAUGCAAGAACAAAAUCAUUGUAGAGAAAUAGCUAUAGAUGAUGGUUCAGCCAAUUAUACAAAUGUGCCUGCAAAACCGUCUAAUCCUGAACAAUCUCGUAUGGAUCGUAUCCAACAACUUCGAGCUGAACAUCAAAGAAGACACAUGGAACGUAGUGGAAAGUUUAUUCCUGAUGAGAGGGAGGAAAAUCAUUAUGAAUCUGAUGUUCGACAGCCCAUCGGUAAUACUCAAAAUGCAAUAAAUCGACCUGGUAGUCGUGUAGGUAUAAUUGAUUCCUCUCGAUUUAACCAUUACGUCAAUUUUCAAGAAAUACAGCAGAAUCUUAGUUUGAUGCAUGAAAUACGCGGCGUUAAGCUUCGACAUCACGGCAAAACAAAAAAACCCGUGUCUUGCUAUUAUGACACCGACGAUGAAAGUCGAAGGCAGUUGCACUAUCAUUCUCAAAGACGUGACCCUAAGGAAUCUGUUGCACGACCUAGUUCUAAUUAUUACGAAUAUGAAAGCGUGAUGAGAUCUCUACCGUACACGACCGGCGGCCCAUCACGUCUGGUGGACAACAAUUCUAACUCGUUGACUAGACAAGGCAGUGUUACUCAAACUGCGGCAGUGGCGGCAACAAACAACAACAAAAAUGGUGCUGGUCGUAGUCAAAAACAACAAUCGUUGUCUCGGCAUCAUUAUCCUGUUCCUGCGACCAAGUCACCAAACUAUGCGAUGUACAACUACGGGAGCAGUGAUGCUCAAGGACACAACAGUAUGCAACAGCAGCAGCAGCUUCAACACAGAGGGCCGACAACCAACAACAAUUAUGCUGGUGGUAUGUACCAUAAUCACAAUCAUCAACAGCAACAACAAAGGUCUUCGCCGCAACAAGGACCAUACAUAACCCAAGUCACCAUUCGGGAUAAUAAACACAUAAUACAAAGUCCUAACAUUUAGUACCAUAUUCCUCGUAGGAACAAUAUUAUUUGAUAAAAAUUAUUAUUAAUUUAACAUUAAACUACGUUUUGUUUUUAUUUUAACCCACUGACCAUGUUGCAAUGUUUUCCCCCUUUAUAAAGUGUUCUCUCAUGGUUAUUUUAAUUAUUUACACCAUCACACAUAGUCUUAAUUUAAUUCCUUUACUUUAAUACAUUUUACCAACUUAUUGUAGCCGUAAAAGUUAUUUUUUAUUUUCUUAAAUAACCACUGUAUGUUUUCUCAUUUUUUAUAUUCAUAUAUAUUAUGUAUUUACAUACAUUUGUAAAUAUUUUAAUCACAUCAGUAAUAAUUUAAUUGAUCAUGUUUUUUUUUAUGCUACUGUUGUUUAUAUUAUUAUAAACAUACUUUGCUACAUUUUUGACAAAUCUUAACCCAAUCAUCUAUUUAAGUUAUUAAUGCAACUUUUAUGGGAUUAUUAACUUCACAAACAUUUUGUGUAUUUUAUAUAAAUUAUUAACUGGGUUAUCAUUUGAACAAAGAUUUUCCAAUCAAGUUUAGAAAAAAGAGCAAUGAUAAAUUUAUCAAACCAUUAUUUUAUUAUACAUUAAAUACAGAUUUUUAAAUGUUGUUUGUUAAAUAUUUCGUAAUUGUUCAGAUACAUUUUUAUUUUUUAAAUUACAUUUUUCUGUGAUAUGAUGUGAUGCAAUCAUUUGAUGUAGGUUAUGUAGGUUCAUGAUAUUAUAUAAGAUGUUCCGCAAUUAAAUAAAUCACUUACCACUAACGAGUGCCUUAAAUCAACAAUAUUAAUAUAUAUAUAUAUGAAAAAUGUAUACAAGAGGCUGAUUAUAGUCUUUUUUUCAAUAUCUAAUAGAAAAACAUCAUGGCCCACUCUAUACAACACAUAUAAUAUAUUAUUAUUGUUUAUCAUUCUUUUAUACUUUUUAUCAUGUUUAUUCUUGUUAUAAUUAUCCAUAAAUAGAUAGUAUUAAAUGAAAACUGUAAUUUAAAUUAUCUUUCUGCAUAUCAAUUUAUUAUUAUAGUCUACAAAGUUUAAAUACUUUUUUUAUUUUUAGAAAAUAAUCCAAUUCUUUUUUUUUCUCAACGUAGUUUUCAAAAAAUUUGUAUUACCCUUAUAAUGUCUCCACCGUCCAUAAAUAGUAUAAAUGGAAUGUAUUUUUUUUUUAUUUGCAUGUAAGUUAUUGUUUUGUGCCAUCAAAUAAAUAAUAGGUAUACAAACAUUCCCAAACAUUUCCCCACAUAAUGUCCUGUCUCCUUAGUUUUAAACUAGGCUAAUCUUAUUAUCUUAUUAUGUAAUUGUAUGUUUUUUUUAUUUUUGCAAUACUACUAGUUGCUCAACUAUGUAAAUUUAGUACUUAAAAAAUACCAAAUUACUUGCGCAGUAUUAACAAUGCGUUUUAUUUUCUUAUAUUGUGUAUUGUCUCCUUACAGUAUUUCUAUUACAUUAAUUUUUUUUAAUUAAUUAUUGCUUAUUAUUAAAUCAUAUUGUAUUACUAUUAAUGUUUAUAAGUUCCUGUUAAAUGAUAUGAAACAGCUAUUAAAUGCAGCCGAAAUCUCUUCUUCGACAGUUUUCUCUCUCUAAUAGCUUUUAAAAUUAGAUAUUAUACAUAAUGUUACUUCUCUAAGAAAAUUAUAUCGUAUAAUUCAAAUAUAUAUAUUUUAACUAUGUAUUGAUAAGUGCAUAAAUUUAUUUUGUAUACAAUAUAAUUUACUAGUUAAUUAUAAGUCAGGUAAAAUACUAUGUCAACUAUAAAACUUUAAGCAAAUAUAUUGUAUAAUGUAGAUAAUAAUGUAGACAGUUACUACAACAUGCACAUCAAUUAUAAAUUACUUGUUACUUACAACAUUAUUAUUAUGUAUCAAACUUUAUAAUAAAGAUAACAUUUAAUUUAUUUUGAA